GUACUGAAGUCACUAUUCUCUGCCAACAACAAUCAGCUCGGUGAUAUCUUUUCCUACUCUCUACAGUAAUGGGUGGUAUGGAAGAUGAAUUAAAAGAUCUUCAGAAUUUACGAGACACUUUAAAUCUGUCACAACCAGCAAAGGGAUUUAUAGAAUGGAAUGUAGCAUUAAGAGAAGGCAAUUUGGUUGGCAGCCUCAAUCUAACCGAAUGGGGCCGAGUGCACGAACCUAUCUCAGAAAUGCAUGACGUGCCUGGCACCGAAUUAGAAGAAUGUCGAGUCAAAUCAGUAGCAAGACUUGUAAUACGCGGUGUUAUCCAGUAUUACUUCGACAUGUUGGAUCGUGAUAAAGGUCCGAAAGAGGAUAUAAAGUCAGAAGACAUAAACAUCACGGUUGACAUGAAGAUUUGGGUGGCUAAUGUAGUGCUGGUCCCGUUGUCGGACGGUUUGCGGUCUUCAACGUUAUCCAAUCUGGGAAAAAUUGUUGGAGACUUUGUUGGAGAACCUACACCCAAGGAUAUCAAACAUCUAUUAAAGUGUAUCUGCGAAGCUGAAAAAACCAAUUACAUGAAAGAUGUCUUACUUAUACAUCCAAGUCUAUACUCAAGUUGUACAUUGAGUGCAUAUGUAGAGUAUCUUUAUUACUACCAUGAUAUCCUCUUUAAACACAAGAACAAAUUAAAUGAGUUCCUGAGUAUAGUUAAAAAUAUAGAAGAUGGUAAGGAGUGGGAGAAAAAUAUUAGGUCUAAAGCACGGAAUAGUCCAUCCUGGAUCGAUUGCCUCGAUAGGACCAUUGGCAAGGUUAGAAAUUAUUAUGGUAAAGACUAUUUUGGUGGAGAGGUCGGGCUAUUGAUUUUUAUGAGGUCUGUUGUUCGACACUACAACCAAAAAAUGAAUAUGGAAGAUAUGGAGAAUGAGCUCUAUGUUAUGUUUCCAGAAUUCGUGUCAGACUUCGUCAAAAACUUGGUCAAGAGUGGCAAGUUUAAAGACCUUUGGUUAUGGCAAUAGAUACUUGGGAAGGCACUUUACAAUUACAUAUGUGCACUUAACGGUAGAACUUGGAUACUAUGAGAUGAUACUAUUUGUGAUGUUUUUCUCCUAGUAUUUGAUGCACAAUUUAUACAUUGUAAGGUUACUAGUAGACAUGCUGAAGUGGAUUGUAUCAUGAUAGUUGUGUAUGCUUUCAAACUAUGGAGCAGAGGAAGAUCAGUGGCAACAAUUACUGAUAGUAGCACAACAUAGUUCUAAAGCUUAACUACUUUGGGGUAAUUUCAAUGUUGUACUGUAUUUUCAAGAUAGAAUAUAUGGUGCACCUAUUGACCAUAUAUGCUGAAGUGGAUUGUAUCAUGAUAGUUGUGUAUGCUUUCAAUCUACGUGACCUUAAGGAUGAUAAGGAA